AUGCACAAGGCGCCGCCCGAGGCCACCUUCCGCGGCACGGAGUACCUGUCGUACGACCUGAGCCGCACCGGCGGCGAGCCCAUCGUGUCGACCCAGGACACCGUCAGCCUCAGCUUCAAGACGCGCAGCCCCAACGGCCUGCUCUUCUACACCGGCGAAGGUGCUGACUACCUCAACCUGGCCCUCAAGGACGGAGGGGUGAUACUGUCCAUGAACCUGAGCAACGGCCGCGUCGAGCUCAGCGUCAAGCCCAACCGCGUGCGCUUCGACGACAACGCCUGGCACACCGUGGUGGUGCACCGGCGGGUGCAGGUGAUAUCGACGGUGACGACGUUCUGCCACGUGACGAUGAACGUGGACGGUGUGUACACGGACCGCUCACACACGGCGGGCUCCGUCACCAUCCUGGCCUCGUCCAGGGUGUUCGUGGGCGGCAGCGACGACACGGCCGCUCUGCCGGGCUCGCGCCAGGACAGCAACUUUGUGGGCUGCCUAAGAAAGGUGGAGUUCUCGGCGGACUCGAUGAGGCUGAGCCUGAUCGAGAUGGCGCGCACGGGGCAGAAGCUCAUCUCCGUGGUGGGCCGCCUCGACUUCCAGUGCCAGGAGGUGGGCGCCGGCGAACCAGUCACCUUCACCACGCCCGAGUCCUUCUUGGCACAAUAUGUCAGUUCGAUGCGUUCUUGUUUGAUAUCUGUCACUAGAACACUGGCUCUGUUUUUCCCCUCAGAUGUUGCCGAAUUGGGACGCGCCACGGUCCGCUCGGACCAGACGGCCGACCGCCUCGACCUGGUGCUGAGCGGCGGCCGGGUGCGCGCCACCGUGCGCCUCGGCGACCGCGAGAAGGCGCUCGUGUCCGGCGAGGGCCUCAACGACGACCAGUGGCACACGGUGCGCUUCUCCAGGCGCGGCGAGAACUUCCGGCUGCAGGUGGACGAGGAGACGCCCAGUUUAGGCUCCACCGCGUUCGUCCGCAACGGCAUCCUGGAGUGGCGCACGCUGCACAUCGGCGGCUGGCUGCACCCGGAGGAGGAGAUGCAGAUGACAUCGACCGUGGCAAACUUUGCGGGGUCGAUGCAGCAGUUUACCUUCAACGGCAUGCAGUACCUGGAGCUGGCGCGGGCGCAGGUGUCUAGCGCGCGCGGCGGCGGCCCCGGGUCCCCCACCGCGGGCACGCCGACGGCGGCGUCUGGCGCGGCGCACAUCACCGUGACGGCCACCAUCGGCAAGCGCGACAGCCAGCUGGUCCACCACCCCGUGCACUUCAAGUCCAAGCACACGUUCGUCGGGCUGCCUACUCUGAAGGCGUAUUCCGUAACCAACAUCUACUUCCAGUUUAAGACGCGGCAGGCGAGCGGCAUUCUCCUGUACAACGGCGGCCGCGACCACGACUUCCUCGCCGUGGAGCUCAUCUCCGGACACGUUCACUUCAUCUUCGACCUGGGCGACGGGCCGGUGCGCCUGCACGACAACGCUCACUCGGCGCUCAACGACAACCGCUGGCACUCGGUGACCAUCAGCAGGCCCGGCCCUCACGAGCACACCCUGCUCGUCGACGACGGCUUCAGCAGCGUCACCAGCAAGGGCAAGAACGAGAACCUGGACCUUGACGGCCUCCUCUAUGUCGGUGGCCUGCCGGAAGAGAUGUUUUCACGGCUGCCGCGUCAGGUGACGGCCCACCAGGGCUUCGAAGGGUGCCUCGCGAGCCUCGACCUCAACGGUGAGUCCCCCAACCUGGUGGCGGACGCGGCCAUCCCGAGCCAGCAGGUGUCCGAGGGCUGCACGGGCCAGAGCACGCGCUGCAGCCAGAACGUGUGCGCCAACCGGGGCGUGUGCGUGCAGCAGUGGAACUCGUACGCGUGCGAUUGUGACCUCACGUCGUACACCGGGCCGAGCUGCAGCGAGGAGUCCCUGUCGUACGAGUUCGGCCCCGGCCGCGGCCUCAUCACGUACGCCUUCCCGGAGGAGCGCCGCCCCGAGAUGAAGAGCGACGUGAUCGCCCUGGGCUUCAUCACCACCAAGGAGGACGCCAUCCUCCUGCGGGUCGACUCGGCGACGAGCCAGGACUACAUGGAGCUGGAGAUCGUGGAGGGCAACAUGUUCAUGGUGUACAACAUGGGCACGAGCGACCACCCAAUCGGCGACAUCAGCGUGCGCGUCAACGACAACCAGUACCAUGUGGUGCGCUUUACGCGGUCGGGAGCCAACUCGACCAUCCAGAUCGACGACUACAACGUGCAGACGCAGCACCCGCCCGGCCACCAGCUGUCCGUCUUCAACAGCCAGUCCAAGAUUCAAGUGGGCGGCCGGUGGAGCGCCAACAAGAAGAAGGUGGAGAGGGCCUUCUCCGGGGUCAUCUCUGGCCUCGUCUUUAACGGCAUCCGCGUCCUGGAUCUAGCUUCCUCGAAGGACCGUCGGACCCUCGUCCGCGGCGAAGUCCUGGUAAGAGUUUGUCCCUGCCAAACACGACUGGCUAGCGGUGUGAUGACACGAUCCUCACGGCUGCUUCCUCCUCAGCCCCUGAAGUCGCUGGCGGGCCGCAAGCACGAGCCUCCGCAGCGCAUGCAGCAGACCUCGCCGUCGGCCUCCACGGCGCAGGGCUCGGACGACCUCGUCUUUUCCGGCGCGGGCUCGGGCUGCAACGCGGACGACGAGGACGAAUGCACGCCCGUCAUCGACCCUGGUGGAAGUGACGACCUCAUCACCCCCGUGUUCGUGCCGCCGACGCGUUCGCCCGCGGGCGCGGGGCGCCCCGGUGCGGCCGGCGGCAAGGCCUCUCACCCGGCGGGCGGCGCGGCGGGCAAGCCCGCGUGCGACGACGAGGACUGCUUCGUGGGCUCGGGGUCCGGCGAGAACACGGUCACAGAGCCGGACAGCAACGUCUCCAGCACUGCAGGCAAGGGGUCGAGCACGCCGAGCAGCGCCAUCGUCACGUCGGAGGCCGACCCUGGCACGACGUACGCUGGAGCUGGCACCUCGGAGGUGCCCUUCGUCGGCACGUUCACCCCGGGCUCUGCUGGGCCAGGACUCGGUCCCGGACAGGUGUUCACGACGACGGUGGGUGGGACCACCGGGCAGGCGGCUCCAGGAUCCUCCGCGCAGGACUUCGGUGUGAGCAGCGUGGACACCCUUCCGCCAACGUCCACCAUCUCAGAAACGACGAGUACAUCGGGCUCGACGCCGAGCUCGACGUCGACGCAGGGUACGACAAGAAGCACGACCACCUCAACCACCACGACCACAACUACCACCACGGAGUAUCCCCGCCUCCCACCGACCAUCAUACCUCGACCCCCGCCCACCCCAAGGAAGCCGGGGCACGGCAGGGAUCGCGACAACAACCGAAUCACCUCCGAGGCGAGCGAGAACGCGGCCCUCAUCAUUGGCGUGAUCGCCGGCUCUCUGAUCGCCAUCAUCCUCAUUGUGCUCAUCAUCCUGAAGGUGAAGAGCCGCGGUGACGGCGCGUACAAGGUGGACGAGAGCCUGGGGUACGCGGGCCCCGGGCACUCGCCGCACGCCGCGCUGCUCGCCGGCCAGCAGGCCUCGCCCCCGCCAGCCCCGCACGGCCUCCACCCGCACAACGGCAGCGCCAGGCAGCAGGUCCCCGGGCCAGGCCUGCAGGCCGGUCUGCAGGCCGGGCCCGUGUCCCAGCCGAGAAAGAAGCAAGGGGUCAAGGAGUGGUACGUCUAACGCGGCGUAUGGGACUGUGCCUGUUUGUGCCUACGCGCUGCACUGGACUGUUCUCGGGGCACGCGGCAUCGUGAGUGCUGAAUGCUGCGCUGAAUGCGCCAUGAGUGUGCUCUGCGGCCUGCAGUUUGCUGGCCUAUUAAUUGUUGAUAUUGUUGUUGAUUGUAAGUGUUUGUUGUGGUGUGUUUGUAUCGUCAGUGCGUGCGCGUCCACUACAUACCGCUCCAUUUUAUGAAAAAGAGAUUUCUCAUUUUGUACCUUAUUCUUGUUUAAUGAGAGUUUGUUGAUUCCAUCCUUUAGCCUGCCCGGCGCUAUGCAUACCCGAGGGAAUGCCCAUUACCUUCACCUUGUGACUUGGUUGUGUAUAUUUUGAGGACGUGGUCAUGACCAUACGUUGAUUGCGGUUUGACUACCAUAUCGCUACGCCCCACACGCCCCGAUUUAUCAAGUAUACCUAAACGAAUCACUCAUCAUCUCAUGGUUUUGUCCGUUUCGUUGCCGAGCAAACUAAGAUCGAGGUGAAAGUUGUCUUUCUCUUCUUUUCAGCUAGACUCUAUGACUGUGUACCAUACGCCUUCGUUUAUUUUAGACAAAAACAACCUGUUUUUGCUUCAUUGAACUUGCUGCUUAGUAAUUUGACCAUGUCUAUAGCAACCGUCCCAUUAAAAAGCCUUGGCUGUCUGUUUGACCCUAAAAUAUUAUGUAUCUCUAAGAGCAGCUAAACUAAACUUUCCCUCUACACAAACUAAAUUUCUUCUUACAGUUCUGUCUGAGUUUUAUUCCUGUUCUCUAUAAUAUUGUGUAUGCCAUGUUAAACAUGAAAUAUUCAAAUUAUUGAAGCUGCUGAAACAUCAGGCCAAGGCUCAUUCCAACAUCAAAAUCGUCUUACUUAUUUCUUUAGUUUUAUUACACUAUUUUUGAUGUUUGGGUAUGGUUCUGUUGAGUUAUAUUGUUUCAUGUAAGGAUGUAAGGUGUUGUGUACCCUGAGUCUGAUGUAGCGGUUUGUGUGGAUAUAAGCAUAAUUGUAUGAAUGGUGUGUUCCUAUACAACACAUUGUGAAAAUGAAAUUUGUGUGAAUGCUACUGAUCAUCAAUGACUUCAAGGCUGUGAUAAAAUAUUAUUAUUAUUAUUACUAUUACUACUACUACUCUUGUAAUAAGGGUUCAUGCACUAUAGGGACAUUUCAAAACUUUUUGUGUAUGAACAUUUUGUCAUUUAAGUUCUAUAUGAAGCGCUGAUUGAGUGUGUUUUUUCUUUAUGUAAGUAAUAUAUACAUAUGCACUGCCUGUUGGAAAUAGAGUAGUAAAUGAUUGCUUAUACUUUUGUGGAAGGUCCAGG